GUGUGUUAUUGUGAAGGCCAUAUAAUGUUGGCAAACACUCUCUCACCAAACUGAACAGAUUAGUCCUUAAUUUCUGGAAGAAACAACUUGUCGUGAGUCUUUUUAAAAAGUUUGGAAGAUGGCUGCUGCUCAUGCAGAGGUGUGUGUUUGGAAUGAAAACUGGCAGCAAGUCUUUCAGGUUUAUGGAGGACGGGUGUGUAACACGCUCAUGGAAGGUUCAGGGUCAGACCAAACUCCUCUCCACGAUGCAGCUUUGCACGGCCGUCUCCUUACACUUAAAAAGCUCUUGUCUCAGGGGAUACCUGUUGAUAUGGCCACUCUGGAUGGGAUCACUCCAUUACAUGAGGCUUGUGUAGGGGGACAUUUUGCCUGUGCUAAACUGCUGCUGGAACAGGGAGCUGAUGCUAAUGCUGUAUCUUUCAGUGGAGCCACACCGCUCUUUAAUGCAUGCUUCAGUGGUAACACUGCCCUUCUCAGACUCCUACUAGAGUAUAGCUCUGUCCAUCACCCAGCUCACCUGCGGAAUUCACCUAUCCAUACUGCUGCAAAACAAGGUCACACGGCUUGUGUAGAGUUGCUGCUGUCUUAUGGGAUGGAUGCUGAUAUGGAGUUGGAAGAAGUAGGCACACCUCUUUACUGUGCAUGUGAAGCCAGGAGCACAGGGUGUGCACAGAAACUUCUAAUAUUGGGUGCAGAUGUGCAUUGUGGACGAGGCCUUGACACACCACUGCACGCUGCGGUUCGUUUUGGUGGAGCCAAGGAGGUGGCACUGUUGCUGGAACAUGGGGCUGAUGGGAAAUGCAGGAAUUCAGAAGGCAAGACACCUCUGGACCUGGCUACAGAUGACAGCAUCCAGCAUCUACUGCAGACAGCAGGUCCACGGUCUCUGUCACAGAUGAGUCGGUUGUGCAUACGUCGUUCCUUGGGACAAAAAAGAUUGAACAGAGCUGGAAUUCUUCAAUUACCACACAUUUUACACAGUUAUAUUCUGUAUCAAUAACACACACACACAAACAAACAAACAAACACACACACACUUUAUGUUUAUUGCACCAGCUCCACAGAUUAGACAGUUUUAUACACAUGGACAAAGCUUUCUGAAUAUGGACAUAUGGCUUCAAACAAAUAAAUGCUUUAUAUUCAACUAA